AUGAAGUCCGCUGCUGAAACGGGCGGUCGCCGCAUCAUCACUCUAUCCAGCGAGGCGAUUUUUUCUCCAGCGCGAGUAAUGUUCAAUAUUCUAGAUAUAUUUAAAAUGUUUUCUGCGCCGAUUGACGUAGAAGUGUCGCCUUCUACGAAUGGCACAGGCUCGAACGAAAGCCAAGAGCAGAAUUCGAUGCCUCCACCGCCAACGGAUUGGAAUCAACAAUACAGUCCGAGAGAUGGUGACGAGUUUCAUCCUUUUGUUGAAGAAUUGCUGCCGCACGUCCGCAAAUUCUCCUACGUCUGGUUUCAUUUACAGGCCGCCAAACGAAAAUAUUUCAAAAGGCACGACAAGCGAAUGAGUUUAGAAGAGGAGCAACUUAAGAAGGAAGAAUUGAUGAACGAUCGUGAAGACGUGAAGCAGCGUUGGGCGGCGCGAUUGCUAGGCAAACUCCGCAAAGACAUCCAAACGGCGUACCGGGAAGAUUUUGUGUAUUCGGUGACCGGCAAACGGCCGGCAAUUUGCGCUGUCUCGAAUCCCGACCUCAAGGGCAAAAUGAGGCGUAUCGAUUGCUUGCGUCAAGCUGAUAAGGUGUGGAGGCUCGAUCUUGUCAUGGUUAUUCUCUUCAAGGGCAUCCCGCUGGAAAGCACCGACGGCGAACGAUUAGAGAAAUGCAGUGAAUGUAUAUAUCCGGCGUUGUGCGUGAACCCAUAUCACGUGUCGAUUUCGGUUCGCGAGCUCGAUUUGUUUCUAUCGAACUAUAUUCGAGUAUCGAAUCCGGAUGACAAGUCGAAGAAUGAUGAUUCGAAACGAGCACAUCCGCUCAUGUUGCCGAUUUUACAACGAACGCAGGAGCAUGCGAUAUGGGGAACUGGCGUGUUUUCAGCUUAUGAGCUGGGAACUAUUUGCGAAAUCAAUUUUGGAGAAAGUGCGAAAGUUGCGCGAUCACCAUCGAUUCAAAACUUUUUCAUUAAACAAGAGGAUGUUGAACAGCCGUGGAUUGUUGGAGGGAACACAGCGACGUCGUCGGCGGCGGGAGCCUCGUCGACUCAGCUUCAACCGCCAGCAUCUGCUGUAGCCGCUAUUCAGGCUCUUGACAAUGAUCGUCUUGCGGCGAUGCCGGUGUCGCCGACAGCGCAGGUCGUUGGUGCGAUGGUAACUGUUGGCGAUGAGCCUGAUGAGCCGCCGGUGGAGAAGCGCGGGAGGCAAGGAUCACAUGAUUCGGUCAAUUCGAGCACGAAUGAAGAAGUUCGGAGGAUAGUUGAGACGGGUUCGAAUGGAAGACAAAUUGGAAGCAGUAUAUGGUCGCCGGUGGGCUCAGCAUCAAACAAUGUUCUACAGGAUCUACGACAAAGACACGCUGCUCAGCCGAUCACACGGCUUGUCAAAGUGAUCACACCGUCAUCGCGAUCAAUGAAUUCGCAAGCUGCACCGGUUCGUCGGAUGACAGUGACUGCUGGAGACAAUAGAGAUGUUGGCAUUGUGGUUCUGGACCAUCGACAUCCCGUUACGUUGAGCGAUGCAUUAUCGAAUAUUGCGUCGAAGCCACCCUCACAAGCAGCAAUCAAUCAGUCGCAUGCUCCUUUGGUGGCUUCUCGAAAACGAAUGCAUCCGGUGCAAUCGACCCUUUCUAUGACGAAUCAUCAAUAUUUGAUGGAAAUGAAAGGCGCCGAGAUUUCGCCGCCUCACGCGGCUGUCUCGUCGCUGAGAACUCGUGACAAUGGUCCGUAUAUGGCAAGUCCGACGAAAUUUACGACGGCGAGCGGCACGACGACCAGCUUCAGUAAAAUAUUGCACCAAGUUGAAGAGAAGCAUUGUCAGCAGCAACAAAAAUUGACGGCGAAUCAACCGGUCAGAACGUUCAUAACGAAACCGGAAAAUAGUUCGAAGCUCGUUGUCCCGAAAGCCAUCAAACCGGUGCCGGUGAUGGGAAAAACGGAUUACAUGCAGCAGGUGUUGUCCGCGUGCAAUUCAGCGGUCUCGUCACCGAUCACGACGCCAAGAGUCACACCGUUGUCGAGGCAAUUCAUCGAGGAAGACUCGCAAUCGCUGUUUAAUGCGAUUGGCAAUAGCAAUGAUGGAGUUUUAUCCCAUCAAUUCUUGAAUUAUUUGAAUGAUGCCAACUCGAGGUCGCCGCUUGGCAACACCGCCGCAGUUGGAACGGCUUCUUUCGCGUCGUUGACAAUGGGUGCCGGAAACUCGCUGCCGCCAUUGACACCGACGAUUUCGAAUGGGAAUCGGCCGGAUAGUGUAGCUAGCAAUAGUUCCAACUCGAUGAGCGGCGUUAUGGGAUUGUCCGCUCCGCUGAGCACCGCUCUCACUGUAUCGCAAACGCCGACAGCGACGUCACCAACCGGUGAUUCGUCAAAUAAGCUUAAAAUGCGUGAUUCGCUUCCCGACUCGUCAUCAGCGGACUCUCCAAAAAUUCUGCGGAAUCUGCCCGGAAGCGGCACGACGUCGUCUUCUUCGCCAACUUCGUCGCGUGGUUCAACGUCGAACAGCGCUGCGAAUCAAGCACCGGUCAGCGCGAAUUCAACGGGUCCGCGUGCUCCGACCGAUUUCUCGCAAACGCUAACCAAGUAUUUGAGGCUAGCAAUGGAAUUGCACGGUCCCUUAUCUCAAAGCCCAAAUACGGAUGCGUUGCGCAUCAUUCUUCACGCCGCAUGCCCGCAUCGCCGAGAAUUGAGAAGAAGAGGGCGGAUUCUCGGCGAGCGCGGGUACAAAAGGCGAACAGGACGCGACGAGCAGAAGAUUCCAACGCUUCCCAUCAUUGGAAUGGACAUCAAGGAAACGGAGGAGCAGCAGCAGAUGCGGCGCAUCGCGUUCGUCGCCGUCGUCGUCUCGACGGCCGCCGUCAUCGCGUCCGUCGUCACACUCCCAAUGCUCUACAAUUAUGUUCAGUCAUUCCAGUCUCAUCUAAUGGUCGAGACAGAUUACUGCAAGGCUCGCUCUCGUGAUAUGUGGCUUGAGAUGACCGCUCUUCAAGCCGGAAAAGGAAUGGGACACCGUCAGAAGAGAGCGUGGCUCUUCGGCCAAUGGAUUCCAGAGACUUCUGCUGGCGGAGGUGGCGCUGGAAGUUAUGGAUCUGGAGCUUCCACUGGUGGAGGCGCGAACGCCGGAUGGGGAGGCUACGGCGCCGCCGUUAACGCCGAGCCAGCCGCCGUGUGCUGCACUUGCAACCAGGGAGCCGCUGGACCACCAGGACCGGAAGGACCACCAGGAAACAAUGGAAAGGACGGAAAGCCAGGAGCUGAUGGUAAGAACGGACGUGACGCUGAGGUGCUUCCAGCGCCAGCCAGCGAGCCAUGCGUGAUCUGCCCCGUCGGACCACCAGGACCAAUGGGAGCAAUGGGACCAAAGGGACCACCAGGACCAAAGGGAUCGCCAGGCGAGCCGCCACAAGACGGAAAGCCGGGAGAGGACGGUAUGCCAGGACAGCCAGGACCAAUGGGACGACCGGGACGCGACGGAAUGAAGGGAGCGCCAGGAGCCGCUGGUCGCCUCAUCCCAGUGCCAGGACCACAAGGACCACCAGGAAAGCCAGGGCCACAAGGACCACCGGGACCAAAAGGAAACCCAGGACCAGACGGACAAUCGUACCAAGGACCACCAGGACCACCAGGAGAUCCAGGAAAUCCGGGACACGAGGGACGUCCAGGACCAAACGGACCACCAGGACCACCAGGAGAAGACGGAGAGAAGGGAGAUUGCGGACAUUGCCCAGCUCCAAGAACCCCACCAGGCUAUUAA